UCUUGCCUCUAGACUGUAUGAUCUUGCCUCAGCCGACUCGCUUACUGAUCCGACUACAUUUCCCACAACCCCUUUCGGCCACGAAAAUAACGUGUCAUGAAAACAUGGCGGAUUCUUGUUCUCAUGAGGUUAUCUAUGUUAGCUACAGCUACGUGCCACCCGUCGUCGACAAAUAGACGGCAUAUUUCGGCGACAGGUCAAAAUGUUUCGUCGGUCAAGAUUCAGCAUUCGGCCCAACGUUGGUACGGCAGGGAGAACUACAGCAACCUCACAGGAGUCCCCUCCGGUAAACCAGGAAACCAGCGAGACCCCCAGAGUUGUCAGUGAGAGCUGCACUGCUCCUGCUGUGACAGAUAACAAGAGUGUUGUGACCCCAUCAGAAAAAUCUGCAGCCCCAGGGGAUGGUAACGAUCAAAAUGGGGAAGGUACCAGCUCCUCAGCAGCAGUGCAGAGACGGAAACGAUUUUCUGUCAAGCCUAAAGUGGCCCCAGGUCGCCCCUCCACCUUUUCUCGGACGCUGAAGUCCCCCGUCAAGGCAGUUUCUGAAACCCCCGUUGAAGUCCCCGGCUCAGAGAAACCAACUACAACAAGCCAAGCUGCAAUUACUUCACCUCCACAGGCGCUCCAGUCCCCAAGGCGACGGAGGCCUUCAGAGGAGAGCAAGCCGUCCAAAGUGCAGCCUAAACCCACCCUCAUCCCUUCUGAUGGUUCAGGACCUUCAGCUUUUCCUCUACCUGAGGAUUUACCCAAAAAUGCUGAUCUACCAGCAGACAGUGGCAAACAAGUAGCUAUCACAUCAGGCAGCCAAGUUAAAGAUGUUCCUUCCAGAUUACCAGAUAAAGUUCCCCCAUCUCUGCCAGAUAAAGAAAGUAUUGAGAUAUCGGAGAAAGCCAGGACUCUAGUGUCAUCUAAGGGUGGGCUUUCACCGUCGCCAGCAGCGCUUUCUUUGAGUAGACUCCUGAAUGACCCAUCAGACCUACAGAGGCUUGCAAAGGCCCGAAAGCUCAGAGAGUUGCUCAGACAUGAGAUGCACAAAGAAAAGAAAAUCAAGAAAGCUAAAGCACGUGCAAAGGAAUUUACGAUAGAUCCUGCCAAAAUGACCAUGAGGGACCUUAUCCGUUAUUUACCAGUGUCUAACCCCAUGACAUCUAGCAUAGAAGACCCAGCUUCAGAAAAUGAGACCGUUGUCCCACCUUCUCCAGGAAGAGAAGAGUCACCAGAGAGAGCGCAGGAACCUGAAGUAGCUGCUAAAAUUGCAAGCCCGAGAGUGGAGGAAGAGGAGGAGGAGGCAGCAGAGGAAGAAGAGGAAGAAGCGCUCAUGGUUCCUCAGGUCAAAGUAGCAGAGGAUGGCUCACUGAUCAUUGAUGAAGAGAGCUUGACGGUGGAAGUCCAGCGAGCCAAAGGACCAAACCCAGCUCAGGAUCGAGACCCCAUCUUUGAGCGUGGCUCCACUACAACUUACUCAAGCUUCAGGAAAGGGACCUAUUCGAAACCGUGGUCUAGUGAAGAGACAGACAUGUUCUUCCUGGCAAUCAGCAUGGUGGGGACAGACUUUUCCAUGAUUUGUCAACUGUUUCCUCAUAGAGCUCGAUCGGAGAUAAAGAACAAAUUCAAAAAAGAAGAGCGAGAGAACGCCUGGAGGAUUGACAAAGCUUUCAGAGAGAGGCGCAAAUUAGACAUAGAGUAUUUUUCUAAGUUGCUAGAGAAGAUUCUAGAAGUUCAGAAAAGCAGAAAGAAACUCAAGUCACUUGCUGAGAAGAACUCCCGCAACAAGCCCAAGAGAAAGGCAAAGGGGAAAAAAGCUGCACCGAAGCUGAGUGAUGUGGAGGAGGAAGAUGAGGAAGUGGAGAAUGAAAUGCCUGACUUAGAGGAGGAGGGAGAGAAGGAGAAUGAGGAUCUCUGUAGUGAGGAAGGAACCCCCGUUUCUAGGCCUAAGAAGAACCGCAAAAGAAAGAAUAGACAGGAUGUCUCCACUGUGGAACCAAAUGACAAGAAAAACAAAAGCAGUGGAAAAAGCAAUGAACCAGAUGAGGCCUGCAUACCUGAAGAUGCUGAGGCAGCGCUUCCUGAGGACCACCCAGUCUCAGAGAUGUCUGAAAAGACUGACAAGGUAAAUGCAGCCAAGGACACUGUAAUCAAGCCAGCUAAACUCUCACGAGGCAGAGCACCAAAACCACUGCUGCCUUUAGGUCGGAAGUGGGGUAAAAAGCCUGCACCACCCUCCACAAGGGACAAAGAUACCGUGUCAGAUGAGGGGGAUGUGAGUGUGAGUGAUGGAGCCUCUGAAGAGCAGGUAAAUAAAGACGCAUCACCUGUGAAGCAAGUCAGUAAGAAGAGCGAUGGCGUUUCCUCGGAAGACGAGGAUGCCACUGUUCAACCUCCAAGACCUACCAGGUAUGGGAGAACGCCCAAACCCACCAAACCCUUGACUUACCCUGCCAAAGAUGAUGCCCACUCCUCCAAAUCUGAAACCACUCCUGCCUCACCAGUGGGGACCACUGCUUCCACUACCAAGCCUAAACCCAAAUGCACAGCCAAGAGGGGAAGAUCAUCAAAGUCACAGUCAGUCCAGGAGUCCAAAAAAACCAAACUAGUCACCCUCAGGGCUUCUCAGUCUGAAUACAGUGAUGAGGAAAAUGAAAAGCAGUGGGGGGACGAAGAGGUGGAGGAGGAGCAGCAUCGUGCAUGUAGCUUCAGUAAGGAUGGCAUUGCCCCUGCGUUUGUACCUGCCAGCCUACGCUCCCCACCUCCUGUGAUUUCAGAAGUGGAAGAGACUAUGGAGGAGCUUGAAAUCUUGGCCCAUAUGCCUGAUGUGUUGGGUAUCUCCCAAGAUGCUCUGUGCCCUGAUGUCUCUUGCGAGCUGGCACAAAAUGAGACAGGCACAGCUGAACCUUGUGAACAUCAGUUGGACCUGCUGGUUGAUGUUAUUGACUUCCUUUCUUCAGAAAACACAGAAGUAUCUGAGGAGCAGAGCUACAAUGAGGCAGCUCAAACUUUGUUGGCCAUCGGCAGCCUGGCUCACGUCUCACAGUCAGCACAGAAUCAAACAGCCACACAAGAUCUCAAAACAGAUGUACCAUUAUGUUUAAUUGCAGGUACAGCAUCAGUCAGUGUGGGUGAAACCAGCCAACACCAAGAAGAAGAUAUUGCAUCAAAGCCUGCUGCGCACAGUAAAAACAGUCUCACUCCACUUGUGUCUGCAACUUCUGGUCAAGGAGUAACAGAAGCAUCAGAAACUGUUGCCACUGUGGAGCUACAAAACAGCACAGCAGACAAUGGGAACAUGCCCAUUACUGAAAGCAGCGAUCAGAGGACUGGUUCUGAUAUGAACCUUACCCCACAAUUGCACUCAAGUCCAGAGGGGUCAAAGAAAAUUUCUUCACAACCCAGGGGAGGACGCUUAUCCAAGGUGAAACCAAAACCUAACCUGAUCCAAGCCUCAAGGACUGCACAGUCAAAGUUCCAACUGGAGAACAUGGAAGACUCUAGUCAAAAAGAGUCAAUGGAUGAAAUUUCUCGUAUUGAAGAAAAACUUGCUGAAGAUGCAUCUGGCAAUCAGGAGAGUUCUGUUGGUCAAGUGAUAUCAGAGGCAGCAACGUCAGAUCUGAAUACCUCAAAAAACCAGAGUCAAAGUUUUUCUGACCCUACAUUUGAACCCAGUUUUGAACAUGCUACUGGAGACUCCACUACAGAGUCCACAGACAAAAUACUGGUAUCUCAUGUGGGGACAACUCACAGUAGUUUUGACAAUCUGGUGAUAUGCGACACAGCAGUCACAGACUUGCAAGGGACAAACAUAUAUUCAGCUCCAGUCCAACAGAGCAGCAGCCUUCCUGAUCCAUACGUUACACCUGUUGAAGAUUUACCUGUCAGUCAGAAAGAAGAGAGUGAAGACGCAGCUACGUGGCAGAUUAAGAAGAGUCGAUUCAAGAAAGUCAAACCAAAACCCAACCUAUCACAGACAUCAAGAACUUUGCAGUUUAAAUCUGACACCACAAAAGACAUCAUAGAGAGAAACCCAAACCCAACUCCAAACCUCAAAUUCCAUGAGAAAACAGUGAUAGAUGUUGAAGCAGAACCAACUUGCAUCACCUCUCAUGAAAAACCAAGUAAAAGCGCUGGUCCUACUUCAGAUUUCAAACCAUCAUUGGAUAUAAGCUCUACUAUCACACCAAGAGAAGAACUGUCUACAACUGAAGAGAAAAAUACAGAUGUUGGAGUUGUUCUUCAGAUAGAACCAGCUGCAACAUCAGAUCAGAGAGCCUUGGAAAAACUGAACUUCUCUGAAGCUCAGUUUGAACCCUGUAGAGAACAGUCCACAAGAGGCGUAAGGCCAACAUCUGAGUCCACGGAAGAAAAACUGAUGUCUCAUAAUGGGUCAAAGGACAGUAGCUGUAAUCUGCUGACAUCAAACUUAGCAGUCCCAGAAUUACAGGUUGGACAAGAGUCAAACAUAGACUCAGUACCUGUUCAAGAGAGCAGCAACCAUCCUGCUUCACAUGUAGCACAUGUAGAAGAGUUACCUCUCAAACAGAAAGAAGAAAGUGUAGUUGUGUCUUCUUUCCAGACUAAGAGAGGCAAAAAGGUCAAACCAAAACCUAAAUUGUCACAGACAUCAAGAAUUGUGCACUCCAAACCUCAAAACACAAAAGAGUCUGUCGCACACAUGCAGCUUGCAGAGAAACCUUCCAGUCCAACUUCAGAGCCCCAAUCCAUGGACAACACAGUAGCAGAACCAGCUGAAGCCGAACCAACUUGCAUCACCUCUCCUGAAAAAUCAAGUCAAAGCACUGGUCCUGUUUCAGAUUUGACACCAUCACUGGAUAUAGGCUCUACUCUUGAAGCCACAGGGGAACAGUCUACAACAGAGCAGAAAAAGACAGAUGUUGGAGUUACUGGUCAAAUAGAAUCAGAUGGAACAACAUCAGAUCAGUCUUCUCCCCACGUAACACAUGUGGAGGAGUUACCACUCAGUCAGAAAGAAGAAAGUGUAGUUGCAUCUACUUUCCAGACGAGGAGAGGCCAAAAAGUCAAACCUAAACCCAAUUUAUCGCAGACAUCAAGAACUGUACGAUCCAAACCUCAAACCACAAAAAACCCUGUCACACACUUACAGCUUGUGGAGAAACCUUCCAGCCCAACUUCAAAACCUGAAUCCGCUGACAGCACAAUAGCAGAACCAACUCGCAUCACCUCAUCUGAAAAAACAGGUCAAAGCACUGGUCCUGCUUCAGGUUUGAUAGCAUCAUUUGAUGUGAGCUCUACUCUUACACCAACAGAGGAGAAAAAUAGAAAUGUUGGAGAUGUUGAUCAUGUAGAAUCAGGAGCAGCAACAUCAGAUCAGCGAGCCUCAGAAAAUCAGAGCUUGUCUGAUGCUCUGUAUGAACCCAAUAGGGACCCGGCCACUAGAGACACAAGGCCAACAUUGGAGUCGACAGAACAAGUGAUGUCUCAUGAUUGGACAGCGGAGAGUAGUUGUAGUAACCUGUGUUCAACAGGCUCAGCGGUCCCAGAAUCACAAGUUGGACCACAGUCAAACAUAGACUCAGUACCUGUUUCAGACAUCAGCAACCAUCCUGCUGGACAUCUAAUGCAUGCAGAAAAGCUACUUCUCAGUCAGAAAGCAGAAAGUGUCGUCAUAUCUACUUGCCGGACUAGGAGAGGUCAAAAAAUCAAACCCAAACCCAAUUUGCCACAAACAUCACGAAGUGUGCAGCCCAAACCUCAAACCACGAAAGACCCUGUUGCACCCAUGCAACUUGUGGAGAAACCCUCCACUGCCCACACAAUAGCAGAGAUAGAAACAGAACCAACUGGCAUCACUUCUCCUGAAAAAACAAGUCAAAUUAAAAUAACUGGCUCUGCUUCAGUUUCACUACCGUCAUUGGAAUUAUGCUCUACUCAUGAACCCGCAGAGGAGCUGUCUACGACUGGGGGCCAAAAGACAGAUUUUGAAAGUGCACACAAAAAUCUUUUGACAUCAACACAUUGUUUGCUGACUACAGAGCCUCUCAGUUGUAAGAAGUUAGGACCUGCAGAGUCGGAAAAGUCAAUAGAUGGUACAUCCCCUGAUGCCUUAGUCGUGGCAACAUCUUCGGUUGCUGAGAAUCAGUCUGUAUUGCCAGAAUUAUUUCUUGAAAGUAACAUACGUGAAAAAUCCACAGUUGAAGGGGAAUCCACAGGAGUCGAGGUGGAGGCUGGACCUGCUUCACAAUGGGACUGCAAAACUACCGAGUCAAAAAGCCAACCAACAGAUGGUCCAACUGCUAUUUCAGAUGUUCAGUCUUCAGAACAUGGUUCAGCAGAGUCAAAAAUUAAAUCUGCUAAUACGCAGUCCACCCCAGAUCCAAAAGAAAUCAUCCAAGAGCCAUGCUCAGAGAAUAACUUUGAGGCACAGAGUCAAGUUGCAGUCCCUCAAUAUCCGGAGCCUACUGAAACUAAUCAAACAGCUGCCCAAAGCGGUGAUAAUAAUGAGUCAGAGUCGACUGAUUCUUCCAAGUCCUCAAGAAAAGGUCCUCAGACUCGUAGAGGCCGGCUUGUUAAACCCAAACCCAACUUGGGACGUCGUGGUCAACACCAGCAAAUCCAGAAUACAAAACCAGCAGAAGCAGAUUCUGGUACUUCCUCAGAAGCUGUGGAUGCUUUGGUUUGUGAAAAACCUGUGUCUGUAGUCCAACCUAAUGUUCAGGAAGCAGUAGAGGGAGCUACUGGGCGGAAUUCACCCAUAAAUGAUGCUGAGUCCUCAUUGGGUUGCUUGACACAAGUUAUUGAGCAAGUGAAUCAACAUGACUCCCCUCCAAAUGUUGCUGGAUCCUCUCUGGGUUGUUUGACACCUGACAUUUCUACUCAGUCCCAGGAUGGAUCACAAUCUAUCACAGGAGUAACUCAGAGUCAUCCAAAUGUCACAAUAUUUACAGACAUGCUGCAGGACCAGAUGCCUUCAGAUCCAGAUGAACCAUUUUUCAUCCUCUCUUUAACUGAGAUCCCAGUCUGUUCACUGGCGGAGGUUGUGAACAGGACGCCUGAGCCUGUCCCUUAUCUUCCUGAAACAGAUGCAUCAGUACAGCAACAAAGUAGUGUUCCUGCAGAACAACUGGCAGCUGGAGAUAGACCUGCCUCUGUGCCGGAGUCCACAGAGGUAGGCGAUGAGACAGGCUUCAUCAGUGUAAAAGACACUGGACAGGACAAAGCUGCAUGUGUGGGUUCUGUCAAGGAGAAUCCAGUGGAUCCACAUGACAGUAGUCCAGGUCAGCCGUCCAUAGUGCCAGGGACUGUGGAGAAUAAUGAUGAGACUGAACAUCCCCCUAAAAAGCAGAGACUAAUGGGCACUGGAAGAGCAGCCAAACUGCAGGUUAAGCCCAAAUUUCCAAGAAAGAAUCAAGCCAGCAAGACCCUCGCUGCCAAGGAAGCAGAGUUCUUCUCCACCCAGGGCUCUGAGCUUCCUGGGCCUUCUGUGCAGCCAAAAGCCAUGGAUGAAGUUGUCAGUGAUCCGCAGAAAGAAGGAGGUGAUCAUGUAGAUGUUGAAAAGCAGGUAUUGACGAGUGGAAAGGAGCCUGAGGAUAGCAGCUCAGAAGCACAAACUGCACAGACCAGGAGGACUAGUAGUCGGAAUAGAAAACCUGAAGGCUUCUCUUCCGUACUUUCUGAGACAAACAACACUGCAAAUUCAAGCACUUCUUUAUCUGGCAAAGCAGCUCCCAAGGGCCCUAAGGUCAAAUCCUCACAAGUAGCAAGAAAACAAUCUACCCCAUCACCUGUAGCCUCAACAUCAUAUGAUGUCGAUCCUACACCCACUCCAGUACAGCCAUCAGGGGAAACCCACUCAACAUCCUCUACCACAUCACCAACACAAGCAGAGAUGGAUGUAGAACAGACUUCUGAGCACAGCCGUCUGUCCUCAGACCCAACUCCGUGCACAGUUGAGGUCUCAGUUCCCCAUCAAAUUGACAGUGUGGAGAGUGUCCCAGUUGAGGAGGAGCCCACCAGUGUGUCUCAGUACUUCUUAAGUGACAUUUUUACAGAAGUGGAUGACGGGGGAAAGCCGUAGCGUGGUGGAGUGAGAGAAGAAACCUGCACUCUUACGUUCUUAAAAUUUGGUUGUGUAAAGUCAUGUCUUAAAAGUUAAUUUAUAAAGAAAGACAGUAUAGUUUUUAUUGUUUUUGCAGUCUAUUGUAUUGAAGUGAAGCUAAAAUUACAGAUGAAUGCAUUUUCUUUCACAAGCACUUUGGAUAUGUACAGUAAUUUCAGUUUGCUGGAAUGCAUUUUUUAAACAGCCGUUAGUUCAAAUAAUAAUUACUGAAUUGUACUCACUAACAGCCAAACAUUGGUAACAGUUUGACUCAAAGCUGUGGUGGCUUUUUUCCUAGUUAUUUAAUCCAUUUCAAUAUAUUUUUUUUUUCAAUCUGCAUAUCUGUGAACAUGUAAAUAUUGUACAAUAGCGAACUGGUUUUAAUUGUUUUUCUCCCAUAUUUGUGCCACUGAACACAAAUGACACAGAACAGACAUUUCAUCUCAGGAAGGAAAAUCAGAUUCUUCGCCAUCAUCAUCAUCAUCAUAAUACAGUUGCAUUUUUAAAUGCUUUAUCUAAUUAAUGCCCCGUUUGUGUAUUUUGUGGUAGUUUUUCGUCAUCCAUUCAGAUCUGAAUCAAAUUUUUAUUUUCAUUUGACAAAAAGGAGGUCUUAAAAUUGGCUUUUAGUAAAAGGGUUUGAAGACCAUUAUAUUCUGCAAGUUCACACCAUGUAGAGCAGAGGUAGUGCGACUUAAAGGAAAUUUGUUCUGUAAGACAUUUUGUUGAACUGUAUUAUGUAGAUGAGUUGAAUGUCCAAAGAGGUCCUUGUAUAGCAUCCAGUUGUUAUGUUUGAUACUUGAAAAAUAAACCCAUCAUGUAUUAUCUGCCUUACAUAUUCCAUUAGUUCAUUAAAAGUAAAAUGUGGUAAGAUCUGAAUAAAAUGUUUUCUUCACCACCACUUAACCCACUCUUGUAUCUAGAUGCAUUUUUUGCUGUAAAGUAGUAGAAUAAUUGCAUUCCCUUUGUUUUAUGAAAUUACAUGUUAUUUUAAAUGUACAGACUGAAUGUACAGAUCACCUCCAGCCAUUAAAAACGCAGCUUGUUGAACAG